GAUGAACGUAUGAGGAAGUGCAAUGUCUUAUUUGUUUUGAGGCGAGAGAGAUGACAACCAGGGGAUCUGGAUCUCCUGGAUUUUGUGUUUAAUACUUUGAAUACUCUAACGUUUUCGUCAUACAAGAGCUCAAGUGUUUCAUCUUUUUUUUAUUCCUCUGUGCUUUUGCUUCAAGUCACCGGCUGCAGAUUAAGUAGAGAAAGUUGCUUGGAAUUGGUAAAACUGGACAGCAUGUUUGGGUUGUCCGUCUUUAUCAGUUUAAUGACUGAGUCAGUCUACGUAAAUGAUCGAUACACCCUCAUUUGCAGAUGUCCGAUCAGGAGUCUAGAACAUUAGAUUAUUGAAUGUUUAAGUGUCUGUUGAUUUACAUUUUAAAUGUGUUGCUACAUUCAACUUGUUACACUGUAACUUCCACUGUUCUUCCCCAAGAACAGUAUCGCGUGAUAGCUUGGGGCUUUACAACUCGGCAUUUCCGAUAGCAACGUUCUCAAUCGGGGCUGGGAUGUGUAUUGUGGUCGUGGAAAAAAACGAAACACCACAUUGUAGCUAACAAUUCUUAGGGGACAGACAACCUCGUCCCAAACUGUCAAGAUAUUCAAGGUGUCAGUAGAGGCAGUGGCACACGACUUGGGAGCUAUUCAUGUUCUGUCGUCAACUGUAGCUUUGUCGAGCACUUAAAAGAUGGAAGAUGAAGUCACGGACCAGAUCAUGUAUGUUCUCAAUCAACUGGUGUUGUGGGUCGCCGCCGGUGCAAUGGUGUUCGGUGGAGUCGUCCCAUACAUCCCACAAUAUAGAGAUAUACGAAGGACACAGAAUGCUGAAGGAUUCUCUACCUAUGUAUGCUUGGUCUUGCUUGUUGCCAAUAUUUUGCGCAUACUCUUUAGGUUUGGACGGUACUUUGAAACACCGCUCCUGUGGCAGAGUAUCAUCAUGAUCGCGACCAUGCUGAUCAUGCUCAACCUGUGCACCAACGUCCGCAUGGCCACUGAACUCAACACCAAGAGGCGCUCCUUUACAGCAACUGAUAUUAAGGAAGAGGAGAUCAAAGUUCCCAAGAAGCUCUUUCUGGACUUUGACUGGAGUCACUUUUGGUCGUGGAGCCGGUUCGUGGACUACCUGCAGUGCGUGCUGGCCUUCACCCUGCUGGCGGCCUACAUCACCUACCUCCUCCUGGACUCCUCGGUGUUUGUGGAGACGCUGGGCUUCCUGGCCGUGUUCACGGAGGCCAUGCUGGGCACGCCGCAGCUCUACUGCAACUACCAGAACAAGUCUACCCAGGGGAUGAGUAUUAAGAUGGUGCUGAUGUGGACCAGCGGAGACACCUUUAAGACGGUCUACUUCCUGCUUACCCAGGCUCCUGUGCAGUUCUGGACCUGUGGCCUGCUGCAGGUGGCCGUGGACAUAGCCAUCCUGUUCCAGGUCUACUACUACAGCCGCUACCCCCAGAAACCUGCCUCCCACACUGUGUCACACACCACCAGCGCCAAGGCUCUCUGAGGAGAUUGUACACACAACCAUCACUCACACACACACAGUCAACAUCAUCUAUGCCAAGGUUGUCCACACACAUUCUCAAUCUGAACAUAAUUCAUCUGGCAUGAGUACACACAGGUGUUUGUGUUCGAUUGCCUAAAGAAACAAUUACUUGUUACAUGUUAUUUCAAAUGGGACUUUGGGGUGUUAUUUAUUAGUCUGUAUACCGUAUGCUUGUGUAUUCUAGUCUCCCGAUUUGAUAUAUAAAUAUAUAUCCAUGUACCUGUGCAUGUACACAAACGUAUGCACAUGUAUGCUAAAUGCAGAGCCAUCAAAUGUGUAGGAAACACAUUCCAGGAAAUGUGCAACGAUUGUUGCAUGACAAACCUAUGCCUUAAAAGACAUUCAAAAUGAGUUGGUCAUCUCGCCAGUGAUAAACAUUUAUGAAAGUCUCAAAGCAACCAAACACUGAAUGUACAAAAUGACAAUGUUAUUUUUGCAUUUAGAUCAGCGUUUUAUUUUAAUUGUAUUUAAGAGACACUGGUUGUCCACUGGUCUGGCAGACUGCUGCACACUGCUGGGGCUCCUCCUGAGGCUGUCUGUCUGGACCCAAAACCUCCAGUUUUAGAAAUCUGAUACUGGCUGCCAGAGGACAUGACUUCUGGGUGCUCUGCCAGAGGACCCGUCAGCAGGGGGUGGGAGGGAACAGUAGAGACUGGCUUGGGGAUGUCAGUCUCUGAGCAAAGGAUCAAUGGCCUUAACUCAGAGAGGAAAAGUGCCAUUGUCUGGGCCAGUGUGCUGGGAAAUGACCAAGCGACUCUCAUGACUGGGGGGACAGGUUUAUGACUGGAUGCAGUAGAUCUCUUUUAAGGUGCUCUUAGGGAAGGGGAAGACCUACGUUACUGUUCAGGGGGGUUGGCAGACAUGUUCUCCAACCAUUUUUCUUUUGGUUCUUCAUUUUUCUUUCUUUUUUUGUCUGUAUUUCAUAAUGUGUAAGGGCCACAGUAACCCUUCAGGAGUGUGCGUUAUCUGUGGCAAUCACUAGUCAGAUGUUCCCUCUUGCCAGUUGUAAACAAUCUCUCUUUUGAAUUUUAUACAAAUAUUUAUUCCUCAGCUGUAGAAUGUUGUAGAUGUCUGCUGUUGGUUACUAAGGAAGAUUACCGAGUGAUGAGUCCCUAUUCAAUUACAUGACGAACAGUCAUGUCUAGACUCUACCUCGAGUUAUCAGGAACAUGCGACCAUGUGAGUAGGUUCUGGUUGGUCACUGUUGAAGCCUACCAAGAUUACACCAGCUAGUGCUGUUAUCAGCUGCUGUGGUUGCUCUUGUGGUAAUGUUAUAAAUCUGGAUGGAGCAAUUCUAUCAAGUUUUAUUUUUAUAAUCUUGAAAAAGCCUGUAUAAUAACAUUUUACACAUCUGCUACUGUAUAUAUCAGACCAUUUGUAUCAUUAUAAUGAUGGUGAGGAUAAAGAUGAGGCAUGUUGUCAAAUGAAGACUGAGGUUUUAACAGUAUGAAGGUGCAGAAUGUCCCUAGUGUUAAUCAGGGCCAGAAUGAUGACAGCUCCCUCACAAUUAACCAUUCCAUUUCAGAUUUCUGAUGUAUUCCUUUUUAUUUUGUUAUAUUUAAAGUUAAAUCAGCCAAAUUAUUUCAAUGUUCUGUAAACCUUGGUGAAAAGCCAAUUUCCUUUCUUAUCCCAAUGUAUAUGACACACUGUGACACGUCUUUCUAAUUAAUGCACCAAAAUGAUUCCUUUCAACGUUAUCACAAAAAAAAAACA